CUUUGGUUUCUGAAUCAUUUUGGAUGUUGACCUCCUUCUUGAACUUCCUCUGAGAUUUUGUGCUGUGCAGCGUGUGGAGCUCUCUUUGAGAGAGGCAAAGGGGUCUCUAGGAACCAUUCUGUGGUUUUAAAAAGGACUUUUCUAGAAAAGAGUUCACUUCGUAGCAAAACCUUGGAAUUCCAGUCUUGCCCAAGAGCUGUGGUAUCUUGUAGAAUUCUAGAAGAGAAGGAAGAUGAAGAGCUGCCAUAAAAAGGGCACGUAUAAGCAAUCUACUCUAAAUUUCUUGUGAGAAAGUCAUCUCAAAAUUACAAGUUCUUGAUUUGGAGUGAAAAGGAAAAAAUCCAAUUGGAAAUGAUUGGGAAGACAAGGUAUCUCCACUCUUUCUAAUGAAUCCUCACUAAUGUGACUUGAGAUUGUGGAAACUGGUAGAACUUUGGUUUGUAUUCAAACCAAACCCAAAGGCAUUUUUGGAAAGAAGCUAUCUUGCCUCAGCCUCACAUCUUUGUUUUUUGUGUGUAUCUCAGCUUCCUUGCAGAAAAAAAAUGUGUUUAAUAAUUACCUCUUGACGACCUCUGUACCUUUUGGCUUCCUCUACUUCUAAGCACAAGACAUGGGUGUUCCCAAGAGAGUGAUUUAGUGUAAAAGGAAUCCAAAACCUUAAAGAAGGAAAAACUCAAAUCCUAGAUCUGUAAGGUCAAAGAGAGAAGCCUAGAGAAGUUAAAAUGGAGGAAAAAAGCAUAAGAAAAAGAAGAGAGGAUGACCAAUCAGUCCAGAGUAAAGAACCUAAAUCUACAAAUCUACAAAAAGAGGUGGGCCUAAUUAGUGGAAUUUGUAUCAUUAUUGGCACCAUAAUUGGCUCAGGAAUCUUCAUUUCACCCAAAUCAGUACUUAGCAACGUCAAUGCUGUGGGACCUUGUUUGAUCAUUUGGUCGGCCUGUGGGAUUAUUGCUACAUUAGGUGCUCUGUGUUUUGCGGAACUUGGCACGAUGAUCACCAAAUCGGGGGGCGAGUACCCUUACCUGAUGGAGGCCUUCGGCCCCAUCCCCGCCUACCUCUUCUCUUGGACCAGCCUGAUUGUCAUCAAACCCUCUUCAUUUGCCAUCAUUUGUCUCAGCUUUGCUGAAUACGUGUCGGUCCCCUUCUACAGCAACUGUAAGCCUCCCGAACUCGUCGUCAAGUGCCUCGCAGCGGCUGCCAUCUUGAUCAUCACAACGGUGAACGCCCUGAGCGUGAAGCUGGGCAGCUACGUACAGAACUUUUUCACUGCGGCCAAGCUGGUGAUUGUCGCCAUUAUCAUCAUAAGUGGAAUUGUGCUCCUCGCGCAAGGAAAAACAAAAAAUUUCGAAAAUUCCUUUGAAGAUGCCAGUGUCUCUGUGGGUGCUAUCAGUCUGGCAUUUUAUAAUGGACUCUGGGCCUAUGAUGGAUGGAAUCAGCUCAAUUACAUCACAGAAGAACUUAAAAACCCCUACAGAAACUUGCCCCUGGCCAUCAUCAUCGGGAUUCCUCUGGUCACCGUGUGCUACGUCCUGAUGAACGUCUCAUACUUCACCAUAAUGACAUCUACAGAGCUUUUACAGUCCCAAGCUGUGGCUGUGACUUUUGGUGACCGGGUUCUCUAUCCAGCUUCCUGGAUUGUUCCGGUCUUUGUGGCAUUUUCAACGAUUGGCGCUGCUAAUGGCACCUGUUUCACCGCUGGGAGAUUGGUUUACGUGGCGGGACGGGAAGGUCACAUGUUAAAGAUGCUCUCUUACAUCAGCGUGAAGCGUUUAACUCCAGCGCCCGCCAUCAUCUUCUACGGCAUCAUUGCUAUUCUGUACAUCAUUCCCGGGGAUAUAAAUACAUUAAUUAACUACUUCAGCUUUGCUUCAUGGUUCUUUUAUGGCCUGACUAUAUUAGGACUGAUUGUGAUGAGGUUUACAAAGAAAGACCAUAAAAGACCUAUCAAGGUGCCAAUUGUUAUUCCCAUCUUGGUGACCGUCAUUUCUGCCUACCUCGUGUUGGCACCAAUCAUCAGCAAGCCGGAGUUACCCUAUCUCUAUUGCGUGCUGUUUAUACUGAGCGGACUUCUGUUUUACUUUCUUUUUGUCCACUACAAGUUCAGCUGGGUCCAGAAAAUUUCAAAACCCAUGACCAUGCACUUACAGAUGCUUAUGGAAGUUGUCCCACCAGAAGAAGAUUUCAAUUAACAUUUGAUUUCUAGUGCAUCAAGCCACGUAACAGAUGUAUUUUUGUAUGGAAUAUUUGUGAUUAUGUUGUCUUGAUGGGCAUGGGGUUCCCCCCCCCCCCAAGAGAAUUUUUACAAAUACUUGUAUCUUUUUUAAGAGAUCCACAAGUCUCUCUUGGCCUGGAGUUUACAGCUUAGAGGUGAUUGGGGUUUGCUAAAAUUAGCAGCUACUCUAUCUUAUUGAAAAUUAGGAGAGUGGCAAAGAAAAUACCACAGUUGUGGUGGUGACUUAUUUAAGGACAAGAACAAUACAUUUAUUUAAAAUGACAAUUGUCAAUAAAGUAUAUUCCUUAAACUCCAA